UUAGUAAUAAGUAUUAUUAUUAUUAUUAACAAUAAGUAAUAAGUAAGUAAUAAUAAGUAAUGAAGACUGUUGUUUGUUGUCCUUCCUCACCGCAUGUUAAAUACCUGUUGAGAUGAUGUGUAUUGUAGGUGUGUAAUUCUGAGGAGGAAAAAGAAUGAAGUCGGUUUUAAUGUCUGGUAAGUAUUACUGUUUUUCAUUCUGUAUAACACACUUACUACAGAGGGAUACAACAGAAGUGUAAAUGCCGGGGGGCGGGGGUGGGGCAGGGAGGUUGCGUGGGCUUGAAACAGAAGGGACCUAGCAAAUGCAAGCACGCGAGCAAGGAAACGAGAGAGCGUGCAGGCAAAAAUGUUUAUUACAUCACAUAAACUCCAAAAGAGUGAUGAAGAGGACUCAAUCAUGGUCUCAGGAGAAAGAGAGAUUAGACGAGCAACUUGUGAAAAGAUUAUUGAAAAUGUACUGUCUUGUUUUUUAUUGUUUGUUAUAACCACCAUGCUGCUGUAUUAUUUUACAGUUAAUAACAGGCAAAAAUCAGAUUAAUUUAUUAAUUUUUCGCCGGGGUGUUGAUGGCUGGGGCUCAUGGAGGAAAAAGAUUGAAAGCCUUUUCCAUGCUGUGUCCAGAUGAUUUCCAAAAGAGUGAACUAAAACAGCUAUCAGUGAUAGACAGGAAAUUCUUCUGACUUGAUUGUGUCUGAUGUUGAAAUGUCUAUUCUAACUUGCUGUCCGAUCAAUUAGUUUACCUGUUGCUGCUGCAGUGCCAUGCCUUUAUCGUCAGAGAAAUCAUAGUGAAUGAACCCGUCACCUUCCCGUGUACCUGCUCUGGACCUUGUCCGGUGGGUCGGUGGACCCGCUUCAUUCCCGGCGACGCCGUGAUUGCUGAAGGCCGGAUGUGUCGCAGUGAACAGCGUUAUCAGAAAAGAUUUGCAGUACCAGGAGAUCAGAGCAGAGGAGAUUUCUCCCUGAAGAUCAGUUCAGUAGCCUACAAUGAUGCCGGCUCCUACAGGUGCAGCUGUAAUGGAGAAUCAGUUACUGAAGUCAAACUGAAAGUUAUUGUUCCGACGGGCGUAAAGGCUUUCGAGGGGGAGAACAUCACCCUCCCGUGCUACGGAGACACUCGGCAAGAUGUUAAAGACGUCAAAUGGAAGAAAGAUGGACAAAAGGUUCUGCUGUACACUCAUGCAAACAGAUCAGUGACUACCGAUGAAGCAUCAGAAAGCACAUUUAUGAUGUCAGUAGAACGCUUUCUAGACGGUGAUCUCUCUCUUCACAUCGGUUCAGUUCGCCUGUCUGAUGCAGGAGUAUAUCAGUGUCUGAUCCAUGAUGAAUCUCAGGACGGAGAACCACGAGCUGUUUUACUGAAGGUAGAAGGGCUACAAGAGUUAACAACCACCAACAGCGCUGAAGUUACAGUACGGCCUGUUCUACUAGGAUUGAUCAUCGCUGUAGGAGUCAUCGGACUGACAUUUACAUUGUGAGAAGAUUCAGAGAUGAUCCUCCAAUAAAUCCAGGACUGUAGGAUUUUUAGCUUUCCCAUGAAACCCUGCUCUGUUGUCCCACGUGUUCAUUGUCCUGUGUAUUCAUUGUCUUGCACUUGUCUUGCACUGUUGGGUAUUUGCACUUUAUGUAGUCUUAUGUACUGUAAUGUGUUGCACCAGUGGUCCUGGAGAAAUGGCAUUACUUUCCUACAUAUAUAGAGGAAUAACAAUAAAAACCCACCUGACCUGAUGUGUUUCUGGUAUUGUCUAUCUCGCCAGUGUCCCCCUGUAAUAGUUUGCCAUAAAAUAUUAUUUCAGUGUGAAAGUGUAAUAAAAAUAUGAAUGUAGUGUGAAAAAUGUACAUACCCUCCGUGACUACAUUACUUAAGGUUUAAACAUUUAUAUUUAGUGGUGGCAGCAGGAAAAAACUGUCGUACAUUUGGUAUCUGGUGAUUUUAGAAUGAGGCCCCAACUGUCAAAUAUGUUUUGUGAAUGGAUUUGUCAGGCAAAGAGCACGAAGGCAUGGAAAGAGUAUACAGGAGUAAAUGGGGUGAUCUAAUGCUGAGGAGUUCUACAGUACUUCAAAUUGGGAACUUUGCAACAUGGUCCUCAGAGAGGCAUUAUCUAAAGUAUGCAUAUAUAAUAUAGAUCAGAUCACCAGUCUGUCUUUACCCACUCCUGAUCUGGAGUCAAAAUGAUUACUUUUUAUUUCCUUGUAUGGGUUUAUGACAGUGAGCAGUCAUAUAUACUAUAAGCCAAAGGUAUAGAAGCAGUCGAGUUAUUUUUAAAGGUUCCAAAUUACUUGAACAGUUAAGGCAAAUUUCCACCA